UCGAUAUAUCGAUACUAUCGUGAGUGGUUCAACCAGCUCUAUAUUAUUUAUAGGCCGCAUUUUGUUUUCUUUUAACGUUACCAUUUCAUUUAAAUAUUAUUUUAGUUUUUAAAAAUCCGGCAACGAAAUUGAAAUUUUCACCCCAUAGCACACCAUAUAUACACACAUAUUCGCCAGAUCCUACAUAAAUCGAAAAUGUUGAAGCUACGUAACCUAUUGGCCGUCGGCAAAGGCAACAACAACGCUGUCCGCACCCUAUCCACCACUGCAAGCUGCAACGAUUCGGAAUCAUGGUUCUCAAAGCUGCUCGUCCGAAAAAUAGAGCCAACCAAGGAGUCGCACAGUCGUAUGCUCAGCGAUAAGGAAAUCAUAUAUGCCCUACAUACGCACAAUGUCAGGCCCGAUUCCAUGGGCAACUAUUUAAACAACUACAAAAAUACUGUGGCACUGAUAAACGAAAAGAAGGCGAAUCUUUCGUGCGAAUUGGUGGCAUCAUGGACCGUGCAGGUGGGUGAUAUGGAUCAAUGCCUUCACCUCUGGAAGUACACGGGGGGCUUUGAGAAAAUCGACCAGGCCAAAGAGGACCUUUGGAAUGAUCCCGAGUAUCUCAGCCUGAUGCAGGAACGUUCGAAGUUCUUGCGAUCCCGUCACUUGCAAUAUCUCUUGGCAUUCAGCUACUGGCCGCAGAUUGCCAGUCGUACCGGCAAGAACAUUUACGAAAUGCGCUCAUACCGACUGACCCCUGGCACCAUGAUUGAGUGGGGAAACAACUGGGCCCGUGCCAUCAACUACCGCAAGCAUAACAACGAGGCAUUUGCCGGAUUCUUUUCUCAGAUCGGAAGACUGUACAAUGUUCAUCACAUUUGGUGUUACAAAUCUCUGCAAGACCGCAAGGAGACCAGGGAAGCCGCUUGGCGAUCCCCCGGAUGGGACGAGUGUGUGGCCUAUACGGUGCCCUUAAUCCGUGACAUGCACUGUCGCGUCCUUGCGCCCACUGAGUUCUCGCCUUCACAAUAAUUAGCACCGGGCGUAGCGAUCUGAAAUAAAUUGGAAGCUUAUCUAGGCCUGAUCAAAUUUGCUGUGAAAACAAUCGAGAACGUAACUUUGCCCCCUUUUCCUGUUGAAUAGUUAUUGUAAAUAAUGCCAGCUAUAUAUGCAAUCAUUUUUAUUUUUUUUUUUUAAGUAUAAUUAAGGUCAAAGUGAAAAUUUCUAUCCAAAAAUUUUUACAAGCCCUACGUGUGUAUCACCUAC